UAAUUAUAUCACUAAUGUGAUAGCAGAUUUAGAACAUUGUUCAAAACUUUCUCUUGUCUUUUGUAUUCAGCUUGAUGAGAUUACACUUGGUAUUGUAGGUACAGAUGUCAAAGCAAUAACUAUAUUAAUAAUCGAUGAAAUUGAGAAUG